GUUCGUACAUUCUUUCGUUAAUUAUUAAUAAUAAUCGUUUACCAAAGGAGUGACAUAAUUCGUGUUGUAAGCACAGUAACAGUUGCGGCACAUAACUGGAUUUGACGUAGACAAAGAAACCAGGUUGUUAACAAAUGUGAAUUAUCUCAGUUGGCUUGUUCAUAUUAAGUGCGAUAAACGAGCAUUCAUUUGUUAAUUUUUCAACUGUUUAAAGAAACAUAAGCAAUGUAUAUUUCGUAAAAGAAUACGCUUGAACAGAGGCGUCGGUCAAUCGAGCAAAUGCUCAGGGCUAGUGGGGGGGAUUACAGAGCCACCUUAUUUUAAUCAACAAUACAGACGAUUUGAAACCGUUUGCAAACGUCAAAGAUGCGCAACAAUAAAUGGAAAGUUGAUUCCGUUCAAGUGUAUUAGAUUUUGGAACCAGAAAUGAAUUUCAACGAUUUAUCCGACAACAUGAAUAUGCUGAAAUUUCACGUGAAUGCAUUGAAUGCGGUCGAUUAUGUCAAGUCUUUGUCGGAAAACGAGGCUAUUUAUCUGAAUAAAUUCGAUAAUAUACCCUAUGUAUAUAUUAAAGAGGAACUUGAUAAACCGAAGGAUUUCGGUGCUCUAUCUUUGGACGAUACGAAGGAGGAUCGACCUUGGGUUCAUAUGUGCAACGACACUUUUCUCUACUCAUUGGCGAAUGAAAAUUUCGUCCUUCCGUUAAAUAAAGACAAUGUUAUAUUUAAGAAGUCAACAUACACAGAAUACGUAUCAAUUGGUUGUGAGAAAUCCGUAGAUAAUUCUUCUAAGAAUGAAGACACGUUGCUUCUACGAAAGGAUCAAACUUUGGAUGAUCCGAUGAAUGAAACGUUUGUCCCUUCUUUGGAUUUUAAUAACCACUUAUUUUCACCCAGCACAGAGGAUGUACGAAACAAAUUAAUGGAUAACCAAGUUUUCGAUCUGCCUUCAAAUGAAUGCAAAACCGAAAAGAAUAUGAAAAUCUUGAAUCCAAUCGAUUAUCAAUACGAAAUCGAAAAUCAAUUCGAAAUCGAAAUGAGAAAGAAAAUUGAAACAGAAGCUCAAAUCGAAAUCCAAAGACAAAUCGAAUUUGAUGAAGUAUCAGAUUAUGAGGAGGAAAUUGAAUUCAGAAGGCAACUUCAUGAAUACCUUGCCAAUAAUUAUUCCCACUCAAUUGUUCAUAAAGAUAAUGAUGAUGAUGGUGAAAACGAAAACAAUUUAUUGGCAUUUAUAGGUUUCGCAUCGAUUACAAUUGUAGGAUUAUACCUGAUAUUUCGUAACUAAUAGACAAUUCUGAUAAGAUACAUUUUUACAUUGUUUUG